CCCCUGAGCUCGGGCACCUCUCAGGACAGAUUCCACAAAAGCUUCAGAGAACAGAUUUUGUGAGGAUUUAAAAUAGUAGAUUCCACAAAGAUUUUCAAGAUCGUCUACCGAGAGAUGCUGAUAAAGAGAAAGGGUACAAAGAUUGUCUGCUGACAGAUACUGACAAAGGAGAACAUCUCUCUUAGCACAAAAGAAGGAGCACGACUACAAUCUCAAGAGAGACUACCUCUACUGCUAGGAUGCCGAAUUUGAUGCUACCACAGCUUGUUUCACAAAGAAGCUGCAAGACACCAGCCAUGCUCACUUCCCACCUUCUCCUGCAUGCUGCAGUGUUGGGACUCACAAUCCUUCAGGCCCUUGCCUCCAGCACCUUCAUUGCAGCCGUCUAUGAGCAUGCAGUCAUCCUGCCAGAUGUCACUGACAAGCCUGUUUCUCCUGAGGAGGCUUUGGCCCUGAUGAACAAAAACAUGGGUGUCUUGGAAGGGGCCAUCAAGGAAGCUGCCCAACAGGGUGCCCACAUAAUUGUGACUCCAGAAGAUGGCAUCUAUGGCUGGCGUUUCUCGAGAGAAACCAUCUACCCCUACCUGGAGGAUAUCCCUGAUCCAGCAGUGAACUGGAUUCCCUGCACGGACUCUACAAGAUUUGCUCCUGCUCCAGUGCAGGAACGACUCAGCUGCAUGGCCAGGCAGAACUCCAUCUAUGUGGUUGCAAACAUUGGGGACAAGAAGCUGUGUAACUCCAGUGAUCCCAGCUGCCCCAGCGAUGGUCGCUAUCAGUACAAUACCAAUGUUGUCUUUGAUCCAGAGGGGAAACUGGUGGCUCGUUACCACAAGUAUAAUCUCUUUAUGUCAGAAACUCAAUUUGAUUACCCAAAAGAGCCAGAAGCUGUCACAUUUGAGACCCCCUUUGGGAAGUUUGGCAUUUUCACUUGCUUUGACAUCCUUUUCCAUGAGCCUGCUGUGGUCCUGGUGAGCAAGUUGCAGGUGGACACUGUGCUCUUCCCGACAGCUUGGAUGAAUGUCCUACCAUUUCUGACUGCAGUUGAGUUUCAUUCUGCCUGGGCUAUGGGCAUGGGUGUCAACUUCUUAGCUGCCGAUACACACUGCACCAACAUGUCUAUGACAGGGAGUGGUAUUUAUGCACCAGAUGGAGCCAGAACAUACUACUACAAUAUGAAAACUGAGGAUGGUCACCUCCUCAUUGCUGAACUAGAUUCACACCCUCGCCUUUCUUCUGCUUCCUCACCUGAUGUCAAGUGGAACUCACAUGCGUCGCGUGUUGAAAGGUUUUCACGCAAUGACCAUGAAUUUGGAGGACUCAUCUUCCAUGACAAGUUCACUUUCACUGACAUCACUAAACCUGAGGGGAAUCUCACUGUUUGCCAGAAAGACCUCUGCUGUCACUUGAGCUACAAGAUGGCAGGGAAAAGAGAAGAUGAAGUUUAUGUGCUGGGUGCUUUUGAUGGGCUUCAUGUUGUUGAAGGACAGUACUAUUUGCAGAUAUGCACGCUGCUCAAGUGCAAGAGCACAGACCUGAACACGUGUGGGCAGCCAGUGGAGACAGCUCAGACCAAGUUUGAGAUGUUCUCCCUCAGUGGCACGUUUGGCACCAACUACGUCUUUCCAGAAGUCUUGUACAGCGAGGUGCAGCUGGCACCUAGGGAGUUUGAGGUGUUGAAUGAUGGGCGCUUGGUAAGCAAGACAAGACCAACAAAACCAGUCGUCACUGUGACACUUUUUGGGCGAUGGUAUGAAAAGGAUCAUCUUGAUAUAAACCCUACAAACACCAACUUGCCACAGUAUUUCCAUAACUGAAGCUGUACACUGUUAAUCUAAAGGAGAUACAGCAUCCUCUACUACAGCAAUCCCAAUUAUGUUUCUUAUUUAGAGUUGCUCAAACUUACCAGUGUUCUUUGUUUAGUAAUUAUGCAGCCAGAAUAUUUUAUUGCUACUACUUGUUGGCAAGUAUCUAUUCUAUUUCAUAAGAUUACUAACCUUUUAUUAGUGCAAAAUGGCAGUUGUGUUUCUCUGUUUUCUGGACUUUUGUUUUUCUAGCAAUCAGAAAAACUGUGUU